AUGUUUAUCACCAUCGGUCCAUGCAGGACAGGAAAUUAUCGAUGAUGCCUGUAGUUUUUACAAUGUUACCCGAACUUAUGAUUUUGAGAGGGAUGCACGACCACGGAAGCGACGAUAUAUUCAUUAUUGUAACAGACAUGAAACGACAAGAGAUGGACGAUGUAACAGAGUAUUUUAAGCUUGUAUGUCGGCAUGCUUUUCGCCGCACUUGUAAACCUAGCAUCGAGCGGCAAAUCCAACAUGAACAUAUGCGUCUGAGCCACACACUCGUCCGCCAACGACGUACACCCUGUUUCCCACAAAUCGACCUCGCCUUUCGCGCCAUCCUAUACGAGAAGAAACCACCAUUUAUUGUGCUAUUCUCGCACCAAACCACCUCUUAUUCGCAAAUACUAUUCACGCACCCGUCAUAUGUUCCGUCCGAAGAGAUAUACUUCGACUUCCCUAGCGGGUGCCCUAAUCCCUGCUGUAACGACGAUUGUGAAAUGAUCCGAUUCCCCAGACGCGGGAUCGAAGGAGCAGUAGUGCUCUCCAUCAAAAGGGGUGGUCGGUGUGGAAGAAAGAUAAAACCGAAGGAGAUGUGUAAUUGGAUUGACUGUAACAUCAGUUUCAACGAAGAAUCGCCCAACACGACAGAAAAUGGCGAAGGUUCGCAGAGUAGCGCUGACAGUGGAGAGGCAUCCACUGGCGUUGGAGGUCUCGUUUGUAGUAAAUGCCGGUUGGUCAAAUAUUGUUCGGCAGAACAUCAGAAGAAAGACUGGGACGAGCAUCGACGGGUAUGCGCUAAACCAGGGGGUGGUGGUGGAAAGUGAAGAACUGGGGCCCCAUUUUUUUUUAUCAUUUACCUCUAAGUUAUAGCUUUCACGAGCAAUAUGUAUUGUCAGGGCUUUAGUCUGUUCUGAUCCUUCGUGCUCUACGUAUGUUCACUUUGUUGGUCAGAAACAUGGACACACUUUGCGGUUUUUUCGCGACAAAUUUACGGCAUGAAGUUGCAGUUAUAAUGGUCGAUCGUAUUACAUUUUGGCUCCUUUUUGACGUUAUCUUGAGCUUACUAUGAUGUCAACAAGUCCACUUCAGUCCAGGUAUAAAAACAGAAUCGGAUCCCCAUACGACU